CGGGGGGAGCGGCGCGCGCGCUCGCCGGCCGCCCGCUCGGCGCACAGUCGCAGCGAUGGCCGCGAACGGGUCGGCGGCCGACACGCGGCUCUGCCACGUGCGGAAGGUGGCCACGUUCGAUGGGUACGGGUUCAACCUGCACGCAGAGAAGGGCAAGCCCGGCCAGUACAUCGGCAAGGUGGACGCGGGGUCGCCGGCCGAGGCGGCGGGGCUGCGGCGCGGCGACCGCAUCGUGGAGGUGAACGGGCACGGCAUCGCGGGCGAGUCGCACAAGCAGGUGGUGGCGCGCAUCAAGCAGCGGCCCGACGAGGCCGAGCUGCUGGUGGCGGCGCCGGCGCCCGGCGACCCGCUGCCCGACCUGGACGCGCCGGAGCCGGCCGAGCCGACGCCGACGCCCGACGCGCCCGCGCCGGCGCCCGACGCGCCCGACGCGCCCGCGCCGCGCCUCAAGCUGCCCAUGACGGCGGCCGAGAUGCGCGCGCAGCUGCAGGCCAAGAAGCGCGUGGACCCCAAGAAGGUGCCCAUGGACCUCAAGUCCAAGUUCGACAUCGUGAAGAAGCUGUGAAGUGACGUCACGCGAGGCCGGCGCCUCCCGUUGUUGCCAUUGAAUGUUGUACAUAGUUGUAGGUACUCACGUCGUUAAGGAAUUUAUUGCAAUUUAAUUUAAUUUUUAUUAUUAUACAUAUAUUUAUACGAUGCAGCGGUCGACUAUUAUGAGAUGAUUAUCUAAAUGUGUAGUUAGAUUUUAUUAUACAUAAAUAAGUGCAAUUAUUGUUGAGUGAUCAAUAAAACAUUAUUUUAAUUUGA